GAAGAGGAGGAAGAGGAAGAGGCGCUGCCCGGCGGGUCAGGGCGGGGAAGUCGCCGCCCGAAGAUGGCGGCCGCGGCGGGGGGACACGCCGGGGCUGCGGCGGAGGCGCGGUUCAUCAGCAGCGCCAAGGGAAAGGGCUUGUUCGCCACCAAGAACAUCCGCAAAGGGGAAACAGUCUUCGUGGAGAGGCCGGUGGUGUCUUCCCAGUUCCUCUGGAAUGCCCUGUACAACUACCGAGCCUGUGAUCACUGCCUGCGGGCUCUGGAGACGGCGGAGGAGAACGCCCAGCGCCUGCUGGGGAAGAGCUCGCUGGUGCUGCCUCACCCAGAGCAGUGCAGCACCCGGAAGGACCUGCACCAGCAGUGCCCCCGAUGCCAGGUGACGUACUGCAGCGCAGAGUGCAGGCAGGCAGCUCUGGAGCAGUACCACCAGGUCCUCUGCCUUGGCCCGUCCCGAGACGACCCCACACACCCCCUCAACAAGCUGCAGGAGGCAUGGAGGAACAUGCACUAUCCCCCAGAGACUUCCAGCAUUAUGUUGAUGGCCAGGAUGGUCGCUACCAUCAAGCAGGCUAAAGACAAGGAGUGGUGGAUCAAGGCCUUCUCCCAGUUCUGCAGCAAGACAGCAAAUGAAGAAGAGGAGAUUGUGCACAAGCUGCUGGGGGACAAAUUUAAGGGCCAGCUGGAGCUGCUGCGGUUGCUCUUCACCGAAGCCCUUUAUGACGAGUAUCUCAGCAGGUGGUUCACUCCAGAAGGCUUUCGAUCCCUCUUUGCCCUCGUUGGGACCAAUGGCCAAGGCAUAGGAACCAGCUCCCUGAGCCAGUGGGUGCACGCGUGUGACGCGCUGGAUCUGCCGAUGCUGCAGCGGGAGGAGCUGGACGCCUUCAUCGACCAGCUCUACAAGGACAUUGAGAAGGAGUCUGGAGAGUUCCUCAACUGCGAGGGAUCAGGGCUCUACGUGCUCCAGAGCUGCUGUAACCACAGCUGCAUCCCCAAUGCCGAGACCUCCUUCCCAGAAAACAACUUCCUCCUGCAUCUCACUGCUCUGGAGGACAUCGAAGCAGGAGAGGAAAUCUGCAUCAGUUACUUAGAUUGCUGUCAGAGGGAGCGGAGCAGACACAGCCGCAACAAGAUACUCAGGGAGAACUACUUGUUUACCUGCUCGUGUCCCAAGUGCCUGGCGCAAGCCGACGACGCCGACGUGACGUCGGACGAGGAGGAGGAGGGCGAGGGAGAGACGGACGAUGCCGAGCUGGAGGAUGAGAUGACCGACGUUUGAUCCUGGCAAGAGGACAGGGAAGGGAAGGAAGGGACGGGAAGGGACUGGGGGUUCCUCCCAGAGGCAGCAGCUUUAAUCCAAGGAACAGGGUUGUGUUGUGGGGUCGGGUGGGCGGCCGCGCGGAGGUGCCGGAGUGGGGCAGCCGGAGGCGGGUCCUGCUCCCGCCUGUCCGUGUUGUCCCUGCGUGUGUGUGUGUGAGUGAGGCUGUCCCAGUCCUCCCUGUGAGGACAGGCUGUGAGCUGGUGUCCCUCUGCCACAUCCCGCUUCCCGGAGGGGCUGGCUGGUGCUUGCAGAGGAAGCUGGAAGAGAGAGCAGGAUCCAGCCAGCCCCUCCUUGUGGCCACCUGCGAGGCUGCUCCGUGUCUGUGCCGGCCGUGGAUAUGGAGGAGCUUGUCCUUCCAGCCCCGCAGGGAUGAGGGAAUGUGUGUGUGUGUGUGUGUGUGUGUGUGUUUGUGUGUUUGUGCAGGAGGGGAACUAUUUAAUGUCUAUAUAAGCACUGUCUACACACUACGGAGCUGAGGUCCUUAUGUAUCCUCCAUUCCAUGCCUUGGUGAGCAGUGAGGGGAUUUUGCAGGGACAGGGACACCUUAGAGGGGGGCUCAGAUCCUGAGUCCAGCGGGGAGAGCAGAGCCGAUCCUGCAGGCACCUCCUUCCUGACUCAGCCCGUCCUUCCAACAACACAGCCCCAAGCAGUGAUUCCAGGACCAUCUGGGGAUGGAGAAUGGCCAGAGCAUCCCAGCAUCUCAGAGCUGACAUGUGGUGUCAUCCAAAACCCCAAGGACAUUGGGAGUUGUCCCUCUGUCCGGCAGUGGGACGAGGAUGUGCCCGAGCGGGAGCUGCUGCGCGCUUCCCCACCCUGAAUUCCCACAUGGAGACAUCCCAGCACCGAGGGGCCCCACAUAGAGAUGUCCUGGCACCGAGUGGCCCCACGUGGAUGUCCCCUUGUCACCCAUCCCACGCUGCCACCGACGAGGCCACACCACGUGCUGCAGUGUCCCUGUCUGCGGACAACACGGCUCCCGGCCAUGGACAGGCAGCAGGCUGGGGGUGCGCUCCGGGGUUAUUCCCUUCCCUCAUGGAUUUUGGGGAGCUGUUUUCCCGCCGUUGUGUCCGUGGCAGCUGGCUUGUGGGGCUGAGGGUGACACACCCCUGACACUGCCAUCACCGCCAGCCCUGACCCCGCUGCUUGUCCCCAACUGUCCUGGGGCUGCGUCCCCUUCAGUGUUCGUAAUAAACCGAGACUGGUGAGAA